GUUGCCCUGCAGAAGUUUCUUCGCCGGGAAAGGUGCAGUUGGGUGCAGCUAUUCCUGUCCUGGAAGAGAUGCAGGAGGUCGAGGCCGACUGCGCCGUAGCGUUCGCCGAAGCCCAAAGAUGGGUAGAGGAAGUAACUGAGAAGAAUUUUGAAACAAAGGAUUUUCGAGCCUCUCUGGAGAAUGGUGUUCUGCUGUGUGAUUUGAUUAAUAAGAUUAAACCUGGUGUCAUUAAGAAGAUCAAUAGACUCUCCACACCAAUCGCAGGUUUGGAUAAUAUAAACGUUUUCCUGAAAGCUUGUGAACAGAUUGGAUUGAAAGAAGCCCAGCUUUUCCAUCCUGGGGAUCUACAGGAUUUAUCCAACCGAGUCACCGUCAAGCAAGAAGAGACUGACAGGAGAGUGAAAAAUGUUUUGAUAACAUUGUACUGGCUGGGAAGAAAAGCACAAAGUAAUCCCUACUAUAAUGGUCCAUAUCUUAAUUUGAGAGCAUUUGAGAAUCUUUUAGGACAAGCUCUGACCAAGGCGCUUGAAGACUCCAGCUGCCCAAAGAGAAGUGGCAGGGACAGUGGUUACGGUGACAUCUGGAGUGCUGAGCGGGGAGAAUUUCCUGUCCCUCCCGGCAACCACAAGAGAGAGGAUUCCUUUGAAAGCUUGGACUCGUUGGGGUCUAGGUCAUUCACCAGCUGCUCGUCUGAUAUCACACUGAGGGGGGGACGUGACGGUUGCGAAAGUGACACAGAUUCCGAAUUUACAUUCAAAAUGCAGGAUUUUAAUAAAGAUGAUAUGUCCUAUCGAAGGAUUUCAGCUAUUGAGCCAAAGUCCGCUUUACCGUUCAAUCGCUUCCUACCCAACAAAAGCAGACAGCCAACCUACAUGCCGGCACCCCUGCGGAAGAAGAAGCCGGACAAACAUGAGGACAACAGAAGGAGCUGGGCGAGCCCCGUCUUCACGGAAGCAGAUGGAGCGUUUCCAAGUAACGAGAGGAGGACUUGGGGCACAAACGUGGAGCACUGGCCAACAGUACAAGAAACGUCAGUCUCCUCUUGUUACUUGGAGGAGGAGGAAGAAAGGACAAGCAUACCCAACCUUGUAAAGGAUGAUCUUUAUGUGCGAAAGCUAAGUCCCAUCAUGCCAAACCCAGGGAAUGCUUUCGAUCAGUUUCUUCCCAAAUGUUGGAUCCCGGAAGAUGUGAACUGGAAAAGAAUAAAAAGGGAAACUUAUAGACCAUGGUAUAAAGAAUUUCAGGGAUUCAGGAAGAAUUCAGACUCUGAGGAUGAGGAUUCAGGCUCUGACAGAAGCUCUGCCAUCUUUAGUAGGAUACAAAAAGCAGAGCGUAGGCUAGACAGCAGCUGCCAAAGACGUUCACUCUUGAUGGAACUAGCUACCCACCGAGCCAGGAGCACAUGGGACACCCGUGCAGCCGGGAGAACCAGCAGUGCUUCGGAUGAGCCCAGUCAGUUUUUAUUACUUCAGGCCCUCCAAACGUAUUCUGAUGACAUCUUAUCUUCCGAAACAAAUGUCAAAAUCGAUCCCACUGCUGGCCCAAGGCUCAUAACACGCAGGAAGAAUGUCUCUUAUGCACCAGGGUCUAGAGGAGGUGACUCUGAGAUGUCAUUCCUUGAUCCUGACUUGGAGAAUGACGAUUUCUUUGUCAGAAAGACUGGGGCUUUCCACGCCAAUCCGUGUGUUCUCCGGGCUUUCGAGGACUUCAGAAGGUUUUCUGAGCACGAUGAUCCUGUAGAGCGAGAUAUAAUUCUGCAAUGCAGGGAAGGUGAACUUGUACUUCCAGAUCUAGAAAAAGACGACAUGAUUGUUCGCCGAAUCCCAGCACAGAAGAAAGAGGUGCCUCUGUCGGGGGCCCCGGAUAGGUACCAGCCAGUCCCUUUCCCUGAGCCCUGGACUCUUCCUCCGGAAAUUCAAGCAAAGUUUCUCUGUGUACUUGAAAGGACGUGCCCCUCCAAGGAACAAAGCAAUAGCUGUAGAGUAUUAGUUCCUUCCUAUCGGCAGAAGAAAGAUGAUAUGCUCGCUCGUAAGAUCCAGGCUUGGAAGCUGGGGACGCCUUUGCCUCCCAUCCGUUUCACCCCGGGGCCCUGCAGUGAGGCGGACUUGCAGAAGUGGGAGGCCAUCCGGGAGGCCAGCAGGCUUAGGCACAAGAAACGGCUGAUGGUGGAGAGACUCUUUCAAAAGAUUUAUGGUGCCAAUGGGAGCAAGUCCAUGAGUGAUGUCAGCGCAGAGGACGUGCAGACCUGGCGUCAGCUGCGCUACGAGGAGAUGCAGAAAAUAAAAUCACAACUGAAAGAACAAGAUCAGAAAUGGCAGGAUGACCUUGCAAAAUGGAAAGAUCGUCGAAAAAGCUACACUUCAGAUUUGCAGAAGAAAAAAGAAGAAAGGGAAGAAAUUGAAAAGCAGGCGCUCGAGAGAUCUGAGAGGAGCUCGAAGACAUUUGAGGAAAUGCUGCAGGACAGGGAAUCACGAAACCAAACAUCUGCGAUUACGUCGAGGAGCAGAAUGUAUUCUGAUGACGAUGUGUUGAAUGAAGACAAGCUUCGCCCGGCAGUAACAAUGUCAGAGGCAAGUCCCCAGAGUGAGAGAGUAGAAGAGAAGGGAACAACUUUUCCUGCAGAAAUUCCUAAACACGAUCCUACGACUCUGGUGAAACGAGAGGACACGCCCCCAGCUGAAGUUCAGCGUCCCCCGAAAAGCCCCGUGGAGGAGCAGCGCCCGGCGCCUUUGUCUUCUCCGCGUCCGCUGAGCACACACGUGGAGUCAUCGACUCGCAUUUCAGCCUCUCUCCCCAGAAGUUACCAGAAAACUGAUACAGCCAGGUUGACAUCUGUGGUCACACCGAGACCUUUUGGCUCUCAGUCAAGGGGAAUCUCAUCGCUCCCGAGAUCCUACACGAUGGAUGACGUUUGGAAGUAUAAUGGAGACGCAGACGGCGUUAAGAGAACUCAGUACAGUUCGGUCAGCACCUCUGUGCAGAAGUCUGACCCGAGCCAGCUUGCUUCCAGCUCCCUCAGUGAAAGAGAGACCUCGACGUCCGGAGAGGGUGUGAUGAGGUUGCCCUCUCCCGCACCGCCCUUCUCGUCUCUUUCCCAGGACCAGGCCGCCACUUCUAACGCCACAUUGUCCUCAACAUCGGGCCCUGAUGUAAUGUCUGAGCUUGGAGAAGGGAGAAGCUCACCACAGACAGAGGUCUCCAGGUCAAAGGAUCAGUUCAGCGAUAUGAGAAUCAGCAUAAACCAGACGCCUGGGAACGGUCUUGACUUUGGGUUUACAGUAAAAUGGGAUAUUUCCGGGAUCUUCGUAGCAUCAGUUAAAGCAGGUAGCCCAGCAGAAUUUUCUCAGCUACAGGUAGAUGAUGAAAUUAUUGCCGUCAACAGCACCAAGUUUUCAUAUAAGGACGAAAAAGAGUGGGAAGACACCAUGGCUAAUGCUCAAGAAACCGGACACCUAGUGAUGGAUAUCAGGCGCUAUGGAAAGUCUGAUUGGGGCAAAGACCAGCCUUCCCUGCCAUUCACACGGCAUAAAACCCUCAAUCUCACCAGUAUGGCUACCAAAAUUAUAGGUUCGCCUGAAACAAAGUGGAUUGAUGCGACCUCUGGAAUUUACAACUCAGACCGAUCUUCAAAUCUGUCAGUCACAACCGACUUCUCAGAAAGCCUUCAGAAUUCUAAUACUGAGUCCAAGGAAAUCAAUGGAAUUCGUGAGGAAAGCAAUACUUUUGAAGUACAAGCAUCUGAACCUAUUUCUUUGAAAAACUUAAAAAGGCGAUCACAAUUUUUUGAACAAGGGUCGCCAGGCUUUUCUUACAGCUCAUGGGUCUACCUCUGUGGAAGCUCUGAUUCUGUGGUUCCUGAUCUCCCAGUUCCAACCAUCAGUGCCCCCAGUCGCUGGGCGUGGGACCAAGAGGAGGAGCGGAAGCGGCAGGAGCGGUGGCAGAAGGAGCAGGACCGCUUGCUGCAGGAAAAAUAUCAGCGUGAGCAGGAGAAACUAAGGGAAGAGUGGCAAAGGGCUAAGCAGGAGGCUGAGAGAGAGAAUUACAAGUUCUUGAAUGAGGAGCUCAUGGUGCUGAACUCAAACAGCAUUUCUCUGACCCCACGGGAGCCUGCCGCGGCCACCUUGGAAGCCACCUGGAGUGAAGGGUCCAAGUCUCCCGACAGGGAAGGAACCCAAACAGGACAAGAGGAGAGGCGACAGUGGCAAGAGGAAGAGGACCAAAGAAAGAAGCUGCAGGAACAACUGGCUCUGGAGAGGGAGCGAGAGCUGAAGGAGCGGCAGUACCAGGAAGAGCAGGAGCAGAAGCGGCGUCAGGCAGAGGCCGAGGAGCAGAAGCGCCGUGUGGAGGAACAGCUGCGCCAGGCGGAGAGAGAGAGGGAAACGUCGGUCAAAAUAUACCAGUACAGAAGGCCUGUUGAUUCCUACGAUACACCAAAGGGAGAGGAAGAACCUUCAGGUUUGCUUCCUAGUGACAGGAAUAAAUCCAUAUCCACUACUGAGCUGGAUGGUCACCCUCCAAAUAAAAAUGGAAGCACUAAAUAUUUAGACCGAGUCGGGGGCAGCAGCUCACUACAGAGGAGCUCCAAGAAGGAGCCAGUCCCGUCGGAGGCAGAGCUGGAGAGGCAGCAGAUCCUCCAGGAAAUGAGGAAGCGGACGUCCCUGCACAACGACAACAGCUGGAUCCGGCAGCGCAGUUCCAGCGUCAAUAAGGAGCCCAUCUGUCUGCCUGGGAUCAUGAGGAGAGGUGAAUCUCUAGAUAACCUGGAGGCCCCCCGAUCCAGCUCCUGGAGGCAGGCCCCUUGGCUCAACCAGUCUGCAGGCGUCCACGCGUCCUCCUCUGUCCAAGACUUCAGCCGCCCGCCGCCUCAGCUGCUGUCCACGUCCAACCGUGCCUACAUGCGAACCCCGUCCUCCGGCGUCCCCGCUCCUUCAGCUGGCCCUGUGAAGGCCGCCACGGCACCUUCCCCCACGCCGCGCAGCCAGGUCCCUUCAGGGGCACCGUCGGGCUCCCAGCUGCGCAACAGGUCGGUCAGUGGGAAGCGCGUGUGCUCCUACUGCAAUAACAUUCUGGGCAAAGGAGCUGCCAUGAUCAUCGAGUCCCUGGGUCUGUGUUAUCAUUUGUAUUGUUUUAAGUGUUCUGCCUGUGAGUGCGACCUCGGAGGCUCUUCCUCAGGAGCCGAAGUCAGAAUCAGAAACAACCAACUGUACUGCAACAACUGCUAUCUCAGAUUCAAAUCUGGACGGCCCACCGCCAUGUGAUGUAAGCCUCCAUGCGAAAGCACUGUUGCAGAUAGAAGAAGAGUUGGUUGCUGCUGAUGUAGAUCUAUAAAUACAUGUUGUAUGUCUUUUUUGCCCUCUCUUUUUAAAGAAAGAAUAACUCCCCCCUUUUUUUUUGGUCUCUGUAGAUUACAUCGGAGCACUGUAGUCUUGGUAGAACCUGUAUUUUUGUUGUUGUUUAUUUAUAAGAAGGUAAUUAUGUGUGGGGGAAAAGUGCAGUAUUUACUUUUCUGAGUUCAGCAUCUUAAAAGCACAGGGGAAAAAAAAGAGGCUGAUGAUCUCGUUUGACUUUCUAGUGGUGUUUGGAAGAGGGUUAUUUUAUUUUAUUUUUUAAAGGAUCUGAAACAUUAUUUGAAAUUGUUAAUAUAAAUAUAUAAUUGCAUACUCUCUGUUUCUUAUAAUGUAUGGUAAAUUAAUACAGAACCAUAUGGAAAAUUUCACUAGAAAGCACCCCCAAAUUUGCUUUCUGCAUCUUUCUUUUCAAGUAUAUACUAGGAUUUGGAAAAAAUUAGCUUAUAUAAAAUUUUAUUUGCUUGAUGAGGGGAGCUCUAUUUUCUUCGGAAUUGUCACUAAGCCUUUCCCACUAGAAAGCUCCUGCUUUUCAUGAAUGAAAAAUCCUUAUAGUUUGUACACCAAGAGUUCUCUCCAGAAACUAGUGAGCCUUUCUGUUCCACUGCGUUUGUAAAUAAAAUUGCCGAUGCAUUUAA